AACACUGAGAUUAAUAGACUGUUUUCUUGCAAGUAUUCCACCUACAUGAAUAGCAACCGGCGUAUUGAAAGAUCACGCCUGUGGAUCAGUCUUAGUUGUAUCAUCUGCUUGAGGGGUGAAAAAGAGAGGAGAUGAUUGAAAACAAAAAUAAUCUCAUAAUCUGAGAUCGGAAUACAUCCUGGAAAUUACAGUCAGUGCUGUAAUUUAUACAAGAUGGUGCAUUGCAACUGAUGAGUGCAAUGUGAUUUGUAAAAUGCCUGUUAAAAUCUGCCAGUAUAUUAACAAUGGUCUUUAACGGGUGGACCACAUUCUCUAACAGGCCAAACUGAAAUGAAUUUUAAGUGGUUACUUGAAAGAAAAAUCUGAUAAUGGCUCUACCAAAACCAAGAUGUCAACUAGGAAACCAAUUAUGUCAUUCUCCCAAAAUAGGGUCUUCAUUUAAAGAUGGAGCCAACCACUUGGUCUGCUGGUGGUCACUGUGUUCUGUGCAAAUAAUAAAGCAUUACAUCUGCAGCAAAUGUAAGAAGAGUACCAGUGUGAAAACUAGCUACAGGAUGUACUCUAAGAAGAUGCCAAGAAAGCCACAAGUUUACCAGAAGAAUCGUUUGAGAGCUCUGUCAUCUUUAAGCCAUAAUGAUUCAGGAAUGACAACUGAUUUGUCUUGUAUUGCAUGUGAUUCACAUUCUGACAGCAGGACCAAACUAAAUCUUCAUAAAAGGUCACACAGGGUUACAAGACAGGCAGAUGGUGUUGAAGAUAAACAGAAAUUGAAUGUUUCAGAUAAUGGUCGAUGUGAAUUGGAGGAAGUGAGUAUGACAAGUGAAUGUAAGAUACCUCACACUGACAAAAUUGCUUCUGGUCAGUCCAUUGCUGGUGUAUUUCAAGAGUCGGAUGCCAUUAAACAGUAUGUAGUGAAUGAGUCAGUGAAGGAACAAAUUAAUAUAACUUUAGAUUCACAUCCAUUCAAAAGCGACAGAUGUCCAUCAUCCAUCAUAAAUAAAACUCAACUGAAAAGAACUGUGAAGCAAAGGUUACAUGCAGUAAAAUUGAAAUUGGAUCAUCAACAAUUAAAAUCAAAUCAAAGACAAGAACAGCCAUUUACUCCCAAGAAGAAGGUAAGGAAAUCAAAGAAAUCAUACAAAGGUGUAUCCAAGGAUAAUAUCUCAUCUGUGAAAGUUAAAAAACAUUGUGUGUGUAGUGACUGUGGAAAAUCUUUCAAGUUGCCUAGCAGGCUUCGAAGACACUUGAAGGUUCAUACUGGUGCAAAACCUUUCAAGUGCACUGUUUGUGGCAAAGGCUUCAGUUCAAACCAGUCCUUACAAAAUCAUAGGAAGUUUGUAGCAGCCAAUAAUCUGCAAUGUGAUGUAUGUGAGAUGCAGUUCUGUACCAAUUUCACUUUUACAACACACAAAGUGUUGCACAGUCUUUCAUCAGAAACCUAUGGAUUUGAUAGUCUGACAUUUCAGUGCAGAAUGUGUGAAAAGGUAUUCACUUCUAUGGCUGCACUCAGUUCACACACUUCAGUUCACAAUAACACACAGUCAUACAAAUGUGAAAUUUGUGAUACAUUGUUUGCACAAGAAAGUGAUCUUCAAAAUCAUUUAAAGUCUCGGACUAGUGAAUGUGUUCUAGCAGAUUCAUUGGAUGGGCCACAGGCACCAGUCUUUAUUGGUUCAAAAUCUUUAAGUAUGUGUUGUCCAAAGUCUGCACCAAAACAACACCAAGUUUAUCACUGUGACACAUGUGCCAGAACUUUCCACCAGGAGCAGUAUUAUAAAGUCCACAUGCUUUCCCAUUCUGACCAAAAUAUUCCUCUUCCCAAGGGAGGCCAGCAACAAGGAGACAAAACAUUUUUGUGUGACCGGUGUCCAGAAUGUUUCAACACACGAGCCUAUUUAAUGGCUCACACGAUUGCACACACAGAUAAGUCUCUGACAUGUACAAUAUGUCACAAGCCAUAUCGGUAUCUUUCUCGUUUAAGUGAACACAUGCUCUUUCACACUCGAGAAAAACCAUACCGAUGUUCAGUGUGUGGCAAGAAUUAUCCCUACUAUGGAAGUCUUCAGAGUCACAUGUUGAUUCACACAGACCUGAAGCCAUUCAGAUGUGAGGUGUGUUGUCAGUGCUUUAUUAAGAAGUGUGAACUAGUCAAACACCUGUCCGUUCACACAGGUGAAAAGCGCCAUAUGUGUGAAGAGUGCGGAAAGUGUUUCAGGACAUGGUCCUCACUUCACACACACGACAAAACUCACACAGGUGAAAAACCACACAAGUGUGGCCAGUGUGGUAAAGGGUUUGUGACACGAGGUCAUCUCAAAACCCACAUGAGGAUUCACACUGGAGAGAAGCCAUAUUGCUGUGAGAUCUGUGGCAAGCAGUGCACCAUUAAAGGCAAUCUCCAUAAACACAUGGCCACCCACAGGAAAAGGAAUAGUGAUAAAAAAGCAGCAGAGAUGGGGCAUGUAAAUGCAGAAGCUGAUUCUAAUGUUAUGAAUUGCGGACUUUAUUGGGAACAUACAGUGCCAGAUGCUGUCUGUAGUACCUACCAACAGUCUGGGACAAGUUUUCAGAGUCAAGAAAUGUAUCAGUUCAAGUGCUAAUCUUCUUUAAUUUGUGUGUAUAGUAUUAAAAAGAAACCGCUUUUCUUCUUUCAUGCAA